GUUUCUAUCAGUUUCACCAUUGUCUUCUACCGUAGACAAGUCUUUCUUCUUCCUCUGAUCAAUUUUAUAGGUAUGCUGCAAUUAGUAAUACUGAAUCCCAAAAUGCUGACUCUCACCAUCUUCUUCAUCUCACUCCUCCAUCUCCUCCUCCCGACUACAGCCACCUUCGCCUACAAUGCCACUGGCAUCAUACUUCUCGACUGUGGAGCACGUUCCAACUCUAGCUCAUCGGACGGCCGCAACUGGGAUGCCGAUCUCAGCCCAAGAUAUUCCUCCUUCAACGAUCAAAACUCAUCAAUUCCUUCCAAAGCCUCCAAUCCAAACCCUUCAGUUUCCACAGUUCCAUGGCUCUCUGCUCUCAUCAUUAAAUCCAAAUUCACCUAUAGCUUUCCUGUCUCUCCUGGCCCAAAGUUCCUUCGUCUCUAUUUCUACCCAGCAAAAUACGAUGAGUUUGAUAUGACCGCUUCCUUCUUCAACGUCACUGCCAAUAAGUACACCCUCUUGAAAAAUUUCAGUGCCUAUAGGCAUCUGAGUCUGACCAAGGAGGCCUACUUGAUCAAAGAAUUCAUUGUUACUGUGUGGGACAAUGAGAUGCUUAAUGUAACUUUCAUCCCUUCUCCGAACUCUUCUGCUUUCAUUAACGGCAUCGAAGUCGUUCCCAUGCCAAGCAGCCUCUACUUAAGCGGUACGGGAAUCCCAUCCCUGAUAGCAGGCCUUCACCAAUCCUUCGCUUUGGAUAAUACGACCGCACUUGAGACUCUUCAUCGACUAAAUGUUGGCGGAAACCGCAUUGAGAAUGUAAAGGAUACAGGAAUGUACCGAACAUGGAGUCAAGAUGGAGAUUAUCUUCUCGAGUCAAACUGGACUACUCCACUUUUGGACAAAUCCAGACCGCUUCAUUAUAACAUACCGGAGUACACUGCACCCAAGGAAGUUUACACUACUUCUCGUAUGAUGAGCGAUAAUGGCCCGAAUCAACAUGUUUUCCAAAUAUUCAUCAACAAUCAAACAGCGGAAACAAACUUCGACGUGUUUUUUGAGAGUGGCGGCAACGGAUUUCCAAUGUACAGAGACUAUAUUACUAGGGCUGACAACGAGAUCCAAGGGAGGGACCUCUGGCUAGCACUGCACCCUGAGAACUCAGCAAUGGUUGAUGCCUUUUUAAAUGGUUUGGAGAUUUUCAAACUGAAUCAAUCUGAUGGUAACCUAGCUGGACCCAAUCCUGACUGGCUUUUUAGACCUACGCCUCCGGAGUCUCACAAGAGGUUAUUCAAAAGCCCAAAGAGUAAAGUAACAUCAACAAUUUUGCCAAUAAUCGGAGCUAUUUUUGGUGGUUUAGCUUUGUUUUCUCUCCUCCUGAGCCUUUUUGUUUUCCAGAGACGAAGAAAACUAAAGGACACAUCAAAGUUGUUUACCACAAAAACCACCCCAUCGCUUCCUUCUGAUCUAUGCCGUCACUUCUCAAUCACCCAAAUCAAAGCCGCCACUCAAGAUUUCAACGAUCAGUUUCUAAUUGGAAUCGGUGGAUUUGGCGACGUCUACAAAGGGAUUAUAGAUGGUGAGUCCACCACUGUUGCAAUCAAACGGUUAAAAUCUUCAUCAAUGCAAGGGGCCCACGAGUUCCACACCGAAAUCGCCAUGCUUUCGAAGCUUCGACACAUGCAUCUUGUUUCUCUAAUCGGAUAUUGUGAUGAUCACGGUGAGAUGAUAUUGGUGUACGAGUACAUGUCACGUGGCACACUCCAAGAUCAUCUCUACCGAACUGAGAAUCCCCCAUUAUCAUGGAAACAGCGGCUAGAGAUUUGCAUAGGGGCGGCACGUGGGUUGCACUAUCUCCAUAGAGAGACGAAGGACCGUAUCAUCCACCGCGACGUGAAAUCAUCAAAUAUACUGUUGGAUGAGAAUUACGUUGCCAAGGUGUCAGAUUUUGGUUUGUCGAAACUAGAUCCCACUAGCGCAUCGCAAACCCAUGUCAGCACUCAGGUGAAGGGUAGUGUCGGGUAUUUAGACCCAGAAUAUUAUCUCCGGCAGCAUUUGACCGAGAAAUCUGAUGUGUACUCCUUCGGUGUGGUCUUGUUUGAGGUGUUGUGUGGUAGGCCGCCGGUGAUCCAGGGCCUAUCAAAGGAGAAAGUUAGCCUGGCCCAUUGGGCCCGCCUCUGUUACCUAAAAGGAACCCUUGAUCAAAUUAUCGACCCAUAUCUGACGGACCAGGUUGAACCGAUGGCCUUGCAAAAGUUCGGUGAGGUUGCAGAAAAAUGUGUACGUGAUAAAGGAAUGGAACGGCCCACCAUGAGCGAUAUUGUGUGGGCCCUGGAGUUCACGUUGCAACUUCAAGAAACCGUAGAUAAGAAAAUGAACGGUAGUGAUGUGACCACCACCGAUGAUGAGUUCUUUGGUGGUUUAACUGAGAAUGUGGCGAAAUCUCAACAGUCGAUGAGUGGUACUACAUCAUGUAGCAUUUCUGCGAGUGAAUUGAGCUCCAAAACCAAAAACUUGGAGAAAGAUACAAGCGGGCUGAUAUUUGGUGAUGAAAGUUAAGGGAGAAAAUCGCUAUGCUCAAAUAUAAUGGUGCCAAGAUUUUGAUCGGGAAACAGGAAACCAGCAAAGGGUUUGUCUAUGGUGUUCUUAAUCGGUGCCAGUUUCAGUUUCCAAAAAUAGAUAAGGUAGACCCAAAUGCAUUCAAGGAAUCAAAGGAUGCUUAAAUUAGGAUUCCGAAUAACAGUUACUGGCUUUUUCGACCAUACCUCUCAGUGCUGCUACGUAUAUACAGUUCGGCGAAGGAGCAUAUUCUUAAAACCAGUCCAUAGGCAGUCUUUGCCACCGUGGUGAAGAUAACUUAAAUAAUGCCAUUGAAAGUACACAAGGUUGACUCCUUUAGUAAAAAUGCUUCUUCAACGAACAAAUCAGCCUAGAACCAUGUCCAUGGAUGAAUUUUUAGAAAUGAUUGUUGUUGAAUUAUUUCACCAACUUCAUCAUAAAAAAGUGGCUUAAUGAUGAACUAUUCAAGGCUUGGAUAUAAUGUAAGCUUCUCUAAAGAAAACGUUCUUUUAUGAAGAGUUAUUUAACGAUAUCAACAGGCUUUACGUACAGUCCACCUUAGAUCGAAAGCAUGGCAAAUUUAAGGCACCAUUACUCCAACAGUCCAUGGUCAUUCAUCUCUUUCCUUGUUGCGGUCUUGUUGCUUCUCCUUACCCUUCUACAAACAAUAUUCACAAUCUUCCUUCGGUCUUGAAAGUGCAGGAAACCAAAAUCUUUCAUCCAUGGAUUUGGCUCUUCAGCAUAUAUAUGAAUGAUGCAAUGACUCCUUAAUUAUGUCCAGAAUGUGUGAUUUGUUGAGCUAGUGUUUGUAAUUGUUGGUCUGAGUGCAUAAGACUCUUUGUUGAUUGUACAAAUUGGUGUUGGAUGUUGAUGCUGUUGUGUAUGUAACUGGCAUACAAUAUUUACAAUCUUCCCUCGGUCUUGAAAGCGCAGAAAACCAAAAUCUUUCAUCCAUGGAUUUGGCUCUUCAGCAUAUAUAUGAAUAAUGCAAUGACUCCAUAAUUAUGUCCAGAAUGUGUGAUUUAGUUGAGCUAGUGUUUGUAAUUGUUGAUUGUAUGUAUGAGUGCAUGACUAUUUGUUAAUUGUAUAAAUUGAUGUUGGAUGU